AUAUCUAAAUUUAUAUAAUUUAGAAGUAUAAUUCAGCGUCUGACCUAAUAGAUGAGCACGUUUACAGAGAUUAACAGAAACUAGUAUAAUAAAUUGACGCUUAGGAGUAACUUAAAAGCUAUUUGGUUUAAAUCUAGGUUUUGUCGAAUGACAGAUACAAAUUUCCAAAUUUUCGCUUCGUAGAUUAUAAGUGACAUUUGUCACACAACGGACCCAGCAUCCGUGAUUCGGACCGCUGUAGUAGUGAAGUGAAUUUAUCCCUUUCUUUAUCUUCAUAAACUUUUCAAUAAAUUCAAAAUGCCAUUGACAGCUGAAGAAUUCAUGCAAAAGCUAAAAUCGAAAUACACUUCCCCGCAUUUCCAAAAAGCUCUGAAUGGGGAAGCAUAUAAAUCACUGGAAGAUACAGAAAUGGUUAAAGUGAAGAAGAGAGCGAGGCAAUUAACACAUAAAUAUAAUAUACAGCUUCCGCCUGUUGAAUACCAGGAGGGUAUGUCCAGUCUAAAGAACCUCCCUGAGAUAUAUGGCAGCGAAGAACAUUACAAAACGCUUAGCGAACUAUUCGAUAAGCCAAUAGAAGAGUGCAAGACACUCUACAUUGAAACUAUACAAGUGGAUCAUGGUGUCUUCAUCAACUUUGAGGGAUACUUUUAUGCCAAUUAUGGCCUUGUUAUAUUAGACUGCAGUGCAGUACACAUUGGAAAUGGUUGUUCAUUUGGCCCUUCAGUUCACAUCUACUCUGCUGGACAUUCGACAGACGUUGAAGAACGUAAGAAGGAUGUCCAGCGUGCUAACCCCGUUACAAUCGGUAGGGAUUGCUGGAUUGGCGGACAUGUUAGCAUUAUCGCACCAUGCACAAUUGGAGAUGGUGUCACUGUAGCUGCAGGUGCAGUCGUUAGGGGCAACGUUCCAGCGAAUGUUGUCGUAGCUGGAAACCCAGCAAGGAUUAUCAAACAUCUCAAAGGACCACAGGUGUUGGCUUAGCAUUGUAGAUUCUAAAAUACCAAUUAUAGAUCAAUUAAAAGCAUUGAUAAUCCGCCGUGUUUUGGUAUGGCAUCACGAUACGAGCUGUUUGAUCUAGUGUUUCUACGGAAUUAAUCAAUACGACCUUUGAUUAGUUAAGAAAUGUUAUAUUGGUUAUGAUUUCUUUUCACUUUUGACUUAUUCUCUGACCUAAACAAUAAGGGAAUAAUCGUUGAGAACAUUCCAAGAUACAUUCAUUUCUGUUACUUGUACAAAAAAGCAUAAAAGCGUAAAUCUCAUCUAUACUGUGCCUUUAAAACUAGCAUUGUCUCAAGCAAAAACUAUAUCCAAAUUUUCGUUGAGCUUAUGGUUCAAACCACGGAGUGAGAGCGUUUCAGUAUCAGCGUUGAACUCAAACUCGACAUCCUGGUCACCAUUCUUGACACUAGAUGGGGCAGAGCCACUCCAGCCGAUAAUGUCGACAUUGUUGAGUGGUUGACCGAUAUCGUAUGAGUUGGCAUCAACACGCGACUUGAUACCGCUGGAAUUGACAUCGAACCAGAUGUAGGUAUUGGAUUCGUUGAAUGCACUAUGUCCAUCAUCGAACCAGUAGCUUUGGCCAGCUUCUUGGUUCUUGUUCAUUGUGACGAGCGCAUUGAACGGUGAUUCGGUCGUCUCAGUGACCGUCAUUCCUGGCUCGCUGUGUAGGAGUAAGACGGCACCACCUCUGAUGUGAACAUUUAUAUCGGUGAGUGGUGUUUCUAAGCCAACUGCUUCAUGUUCAUUAUUGACCUCGAGCUUAGCGUGCGUCUUCCAGUCAUAAUAUGUCUCGUCACCUGGGAAAAAUCCUUCAACAACAGUGGCAUUUGGACUUAAGACCGGAGUGACAAGAAUAUGGUCACCAACCAAGAAUUGACUGUCCCAGUCAAGGAGUUCGUCGUUUGUUGGGAAUUCAUAGAAUAAAGGUCUGAUGAAUGGUGUUCCAUCAAUUGACUGUUGGUAGAGGUUACUGUAGAAGUAUGGUAACAAUUGGUAACGAGUAUUGAUCGCCUUCUUCGUCGCCUCUUCAGUUGAGGUCCAUCUGUAUGGCUCUUGUGGGAUACUGCCAUAUUCUUCAUCAGUGUUUCCAGAAAAUCCACAAGCAUCGGCUCCGACGAAUGGCAUUUGGAAUGCAGAGAACUGGAAUAAUCCCUUGAUGCUAUCUGCCAUACUCUGCCAGGUCGAGUAGUUAUCACCGAGCCAAUGUUGUGUGAAUCUACC